UUGACAAUCUGCCGGAAGCUGUGCGUUCUAUGCCGGUUUCCGCGUGUCCGGACCAGCGCAGUGUCCCGGUUCGGAAGGCAAGUGAUCUACAUGUCUUCCCCGCAGGCCCCGGAGGAUGGGCAGGGCAGCGGCGAUCCCUCCGGGGACCUCCGCAGCGUCCUGGUCACCAGCGUGCUCAACCUCGAGCCGCUGGAUGAGGAUCUCUUCAGAGGAAGGCAUUACUGGAUACCCACAAGCCAGCGGCUAUUUGGGGGUCAGAUCGUGGGACAGGCCCUGGUGGCUGCAGCCAAGUCUGUGAGUGAAGACAUUCACGUGCAUUCCCUGCACUGCUAUUUUGUACGGGCAGGGGACCCGAAGGUGCCCGUUUUGUAUCAGGUGGAGCGGACGCGAACAGGGACCAGCUUCUCGGUGCGCUCCGUGAAGGCCGUGCAGCAUGGCAAGCCCAUCUUCAUCUGCCAGGCCUCCUUCCAGCAGACCCAGCCCAGCCCCGUGCAGCACCAGUGCUCCAUGCCCGCUGUGCCCCCACCGGAAGAGCUGCUGGACUACGAGGCCCUCAUUGCCCAGUAUUUAAGGGACCCUAACCUUCACGAGAAGUACCGAGUGGGGCUGAACCGAAUUGCUGCCCAGGAGGUGCCCAUUGAGAUCAAGCUGGUAAACCCACCCACCCUGAACCAGCUACAGAAAGUGGAGCCCAAUCAGAUGUUCUGGGUGCGAGCCCGGGGCCAUAUUGGGGAGGGCGACAUCAAGAUGCACUGCUGCGUGGCUGCCUAUAUCUCAGACUACGCCUUCCUGGGCACAGCACUGCUGCCCCACCAAUAUCAGCAUAAGGUGCACUUCAUGGCCUCCUUGGACCACUCCAUGUGGUUCCACGCCCCCUUCCGAGCUGACCACUGGAUGCUCUAUGAGUGCAAGAGCCCCUGGGCUGGUGGCUCCCGGGCGCUGGUACAUGGGCAGCUGUGGCGUCGGGACGGGGUCCUGGCUGUAUCCUGCUCCCAGGAGGGUGUGAUCCGAGCAAAGCCCCGGGUCUCAGAGAGCAAGCUGUAGCCAGAGGGACCAGCUUGGCCUGCGGCUUCAUGGAUCUCCCUUUACCCCUACUCCUGAGGCAGGAGUUACAAUGGAGGGUGGGGCCUUCCGUCCCUCACAUCCAAUAAAGAGACUGAUACAACUGGA